AUGCCCCUUCCCCCCGCCUCGUUUCCCACUCCUGCCGCCACGGAACCCCAGCCACGCUGCCCGGCGAUUCCCCUUCCCUCCCCUCGACUCCCUAUGCCGGCAGGGCCGCCCGACCUCCCCUUCCCACCGCCCGAUUCCCCUAUCGCUCUGCCAAAUUCCAGUUCCCGCUGCCUUGAUCGCGUUCCCGCCGCCCGAUUCCCGUUCCCGCCGCCCUAUUCCCCUUUUGCGCCGCCCACUUCCCCUUUCGCACCGCCCACUUCCCCUUUCCCGCCGCCCGACGCGCCUUUUCAGCCACCCGAUUCCCAUUUCCCGCCUCCAGACAUGCCUUCCCGCCUCCCUAUUGCCGUUUCUGUCGCCCGACGACCCAUCCCUCCCUUCUCUCCCUUCUCUCCCUUCCCUCCCUUUCCUCCCUUCCCUCCCUUCUCUCCCUUCCCUUUCUCUUCCCUCCCUUCUCUCCCUUCCGUCCCAACUAAUUACCCACACGCCUCCAUCCUCUCCCUUCCCUGCCUCCCCUCCCCUUCCCUCCCCUCCCUUCCCUCCUUCCCUACCUUCCCUGCCGUCCCUCCCCUUCCCUCCCCUCCCUUCCCUCCUUCCCUCCCUUCCCUCCUUCCCUCCCUUCCCCCCUUUCCCAUCAUUCCCUCCCUUCUCGCCCAUCUCUCCCUUCCCUCCCUCUCCCCCUUCCCUCUUUCCCUCCCUUCCCUUCCUUCUCUCCCUUCCCUCACCUCCCUCCCCUCCCUCCUUAUCUCCUUUCCCUCCAAUCCCUCCCUUCCCUCCCUUCUCUCCCUUCCCUUCCUUUCUCCCUUCCCCCCCUUCUCUCCCUGCGCUCCCAUCUCUCCUUUCCCUCCCUCCUCUUUCGUCCCUCGCUUCACUCCUUCCCUCCCCUCCCUCCCUUCCCUCCCUUCACUCCAUUCUCUUCAUUUCUCCCUUCUCUCCCUUCAUGUCCUUCUCCACCCCCUUACCUUCUCUCCCUUUUCACCCUUCCCUCCCAUCCCUCUUUGCAAUCUCCAGCCUCUCCCUUCUCUCCCUUCUCUCCCUUCUCUCCCUUCUCUCCCUUCUCUCACUUCUCUCCCUUCUCUCCCUUCUCUCCCUUCUCUCCCUUCUCUCCCUUCUCUCCCUUCCCUCCCUUCCCUCCCUUCCCUCCCUUCCCUCCCUUCCCUCCCUUCCCUCCCUUCCCUCCCUUCCCUCCCUUCCCUCCCUUCCCUCCCUCCCCUCCCUCCCCUCCCUUCCCUCCCCUCCCUUCCCUCCCUUCCCUCCGUUCCCUCCGUUCUCUCCCUUCUCUCCCUUCUCUCCCUUUCCGCCCAUCUCUCCCCACCUAUCACCCUUUUCUCCCUCCCAUCUCAUCCCGACUUCCUUAUCUUCCGUCUCUCCUCUCCCUGGCCUCCGUCAUCUCUCAUCCCUCAUUGCAAUCUCCUUUCUCAUAGAUGCCGGCAGGGCCGCCCGACCUCCCCUUCCCGCCGCACGACUCCCUUAUCGCUCUGCCAAAUUCCAGUUUCCGCCGCCUUGAUCGCGUUCCCGCCGCCCGAUUCCCAUUCCCGCCGCCCUAUUCCCCUUUCGCACCGCCCACUUCUCCUUUCGCGCCGCCCACUUCCCCUUUCCCGCCGCCCGACGCGCCUUUUCAGCCGCCCGAUUCCCAUUUCCCGCCUCCAGACAUGCCUUCCCGCCUCCCUAUUGCCGUUUCUGUCGCUCGACGACCCAUCCCUCCCUUCCUUCCCUUCUCUCCCUUCCCUCCCUUCUCUCCCUUCCCUCCCUUCUCUCUCUUCCCUCCCUUCUCUCUCUUCCCUCCCUUCUCUCCCUUCCCUCCCUUCUCCCCCUUCCCUCCCUUCUCUCCCUUCCCUCCCUUCUCUCUCUUCCCUCCCUUCUCUCUUUUCCAUCCCUUCUCUCCCUUCCCUCCCUUCUCUCCCUUCCCUCCCUUCUCUCUCUUCCCUCCCUUCCCUCCCUUCUCUCUCUUCCCUCCCUUCUCUCUCUUCCCUCCCUUCUCUCCCUUCCCUCCCUUUCCUCCCUUCCAUCCCUUCUCUCCCUUCCCUUUCUCUUCCUUCCCUUCUCUCCCUUCCGUCCCAACUAAUAACCCACAAGCCUCCAUCCUCUCCCUUCCCUGCCUUCCCUCCCCUUCCCUCCCCUCCCUUCCCUCCUUCCCUCCCUUCCCCCCUUUCCCAUCAUUCACUCCCUUCCCUCCCUUCUCUCCCUUCCCUCCCUCUCCCCCUUCCCUCUUUCCCUCCCUUCCCUCCCUUCUCUCCCUUCCCUCCCUUCCCUCCCUUCCUUCCCUCCCCUCCCUCCCCUCCCUUCCCUCCCCUCCCUUCCCUCCCUUCCCUCCCUUCCCUCCGUUCUCUCCAUUCUCUCCCUUCUCUCCCUUCCCGCCCAUCUCUCCCCACCUCUCAUCUCAUCCCGACUUCCUUAUCUUCCAUCUCUCCUCUCCCUGGCCUCUGUUAUCUCUCAUCCCUCAUUGCAAUCUCCUUUCUCUCCCUUCUCUCCCGUCCCUCCCUUCCCUCCCUUCCCUCCCUCCCCUCCCUUCCCUCCCUUCCCUCCAUUCUCUUCAUUUUCUCCAUUCUCUCCCAUCUCGCCCAUCUCUCCCCCCCCUACCACCCUUUUCAUGGUUCCGUCUCAUCCCUACUUCCAAUAUUCCUUCUCCCCCUUCCCUCCCUUCUCUCCCUUCCCUCCCUUCCUCCCUUUCCUCCCUUCUCUCCCUUCCCUCCCUUCCCUCUCCUCCCUCCUUUCCAUCCAAUCCCUCCCUGGGGAAGCCUUCUCUCCCUUCCUACCUUCUUUCCCUUCCUACCUUCUCUCCCUUCCAUCCCUUCUCUCCCUGCUCUCCCAUCGCUCCAUUCCCUCUCUUCUCUCCCGUCCCUCGCUUUCCUUGCUUCCCUCCUUCCCUCCCUUCUCUCCCUUCCCUCCAUUCUCUCCUUUUCCUCCCUUCUCUCCCUUCUUUGCCUUCUCUCCUCCCCCCAUUUUCUCCAAUUCCUCCCUUCCGUCUCAUCCCUACUUCCAAUCUUCCGUCUCUCCCUUCCCUCCCUUCACACCCUUCCUUCCCUCCACACCCUUCCCUCCCUUCUCCCUUCCCGCCCUUCUCUCCCCCCUUACCUUCUCUCCCUUCCCUCUCAUCCCACAUUGCAAUCUCCACUCUCUCCCUUCUCUCCCGUCCCUCCCUUCCCUCCCUUCCUCCAUGAGGCUUCAUUUUCUCCCUUCUCUCCCAUCCUGCCCAUCUCUCUCACCCUACCACCCUUUUCUCCCUUCCAUCUCAUCCCCACUUCCAGACCCUCCCAUCCCCAAACAGUCCCUCCCAUCCCCUUCCAGACCCUCCCAUCCCCACUUCCAGACCCUCGGUUCCCUCACGCAGACCCUCCCAUCCCCACUUCCAUACCCUCCCAUCCCCUUCCAGACCCUCCCAUCCCCUUCCAGACCCUCUCAUCCCCUUCCAGACCCUCCUAUCCCCUUCCAGCCCCUCCCAUCCCCUUCCAGCCCCUCCCAUCCCCUUCCAGACCCUCCCAUCCCCUUCCAGCCCCUCCCAUCCCCUUCCAGCCCCUCCCAUCCCCUUCCAGCCCCUCCUAUCCCCUUCCAGCCCCUCCUAUCCCCUUCCAGCCCCUCCUAUCCAUGCGCACGUUGCCGGUUCGUUUUCCUACUCAUUUCACAAACUUCCCCACUCCCUUCUGCUGUUCCCCGCCAUAA